AUGACGGAAUCAGUUGUCCUCAGUCUCGGUCGGCAGCACACGGCAAACGCAAAGGCUUGCGGCGGCAUCGGGUCUGGUUCUGGCUCUGGCUCUGGCUCUGGCUCUGGUUCUGGUUCUGGUUCUGGUUCUUGUUCUGGCUCUUGGUCUGGCUCUUGGUCUGGCUCCCCUUCCCUUGGCAGAGCUGGACCAAGCCCAGGCCAGUUGGACGCGGCUGCCACAGCUCUGGCGCGCCGGUGGCACGGUGGGUCCAGCAGCCCGGGAGAGCCGCCAGCCGCCGCUAGUCCUGGCGCUGCCUCCUCUGAAACUGGCGCUACGACACGCCGCCUCGCCCCCUGGCUGACCCGUUGCAACAAGGAUACGUGUAGCAGCACCAGCACCAGCACCAGCACCAGCACCGGCUUAGCGGGCUGUGGGAGCAAGGUCAAUCCCAUCCAUCCCAUCACCCAUCCCAUCGUCCAUUCCAUCCAUUCCAUCCAUCCCAUCCAUCCCAUCCAUCCCAUCCAUUCCAUCCAUCCCGUCCACCCCGUCCAUUCCGUCAAUCCCGUCAAGCCCAUCGACCCCGUCAGCCCUCAAACCAAGGAAUAUCCUGCGCACUUGAGGGCCGCAUCCCCGUCCUCAGCGUCACCGGCCCCGUCUUAUCCAGGCCCUGGCCCGCGCCAGCAAGAGCGUCCCGGCCACGGCCACGGCCACGACCACGGCCAGGUGCAGCACCCGCGGCGGCUCUCUCAGCGCCAGAGCCCUCAGCAGCCUCAGCAGCCUCAGCAGCCUCAGCAGCCUACAGAGCAGCCUCCAGAGCAGCCCCCAGAGCACCCUCGCCCGCAGCGCCCACCUCAACGCAUCCCCUCUCCAACCUUGGCUUUGCCCAAUCCUCUGCCCGACCAACAACAGCAGCAACAACAACAACAACAACAACAACAACAACAACGGCAACAGGGUGCCCCGCCGGGUCCCGACAGCAUCGCAAACGCUCGUGCCACCGCCAGAAUCGCCAGCACCUCCAGCACCGUCGCCAUCGCAGACUCGGAGGCUGUUGACGUUGCCAAAGAGCACGACGCAGACGCAGCUCGUCGCUCCCCUGAUCGCGAGCUUUCCUCGCUUUCUGCGUCGUCGCCCGACUCUUCUUCCCUGCCGGCAAGCCUGCGCUCUCGAGCACCAUCAUAUCAUUUACCCACCCACUGCGCGACUUUUUCUCCGCCGUCUCCCCAAGACUACUGCCUCAGGAAUCGUACUGUCUCUUGCCCCGAAUCCGGGCCUGUCGGCGUCCUCGAUACUGCCGCCUCCAACCACCUGAUCUCUCGGAGCUUUGAUCAGUUCGAUUCGAUCGGCAUCUCUGCCUCCGCCUCUGCCCCUGCCUGUGCUGGCUCGCCACCCGCUCCCAGCUCGCAGCGUUGUCAGGCUGUCGCUCAAAGCAGCCCUCAACCCUACGCCAGUCCUGACAACCUGUCGGAGGGCGCUUCACAGCGUCGACGGGCGCUUCUACUGCCCAUACGACUGUCCCAGUCUGUUUCUCCAGAUGAAAGUCGGUAUUCGACGCCUCAUCGCCCGCCAAUCUCCUAUACAUUCAUAAGGAACCGACAUAGCCUCCUCCACCUGACCAGCUCAACACCGGUUCGAGUCCCGCCAAUAAGGUCCCUGCGGUCGUCAGGCUCUCGCAGGAGCCUCACAAAGGAAACAAAGGAAAUGAACUUCACUCCUCGGCCAUAUGAGCUAGGUGAAACCAUUGCGACACAAUUCUCGUCCCAUUCCGAGAGCCGAUAUAGGCACGACGACGCUCCCCUUCACCAUACCGAUCUCGACCGGCAAGAUGAGACUGGCGAUGUGUUUAUGAGAAUUGCAAGAGAAGAACCAGUCCAUGGUCUGAGGGGAGCUAGUAACGACGAUGAUGCAUCAUCAGUUUCCGGACUAAGACGAACCUCUCAUCGCCGCCCUCUGUCCACCACGGUUGCCGCCUAUCAUCCAAGCUCACCCCCGAGGGUCAGGCGCCGACUUUCUGAUCAGCAAGACAGGCCGCGUCCCAAGUACCUGGAAGACGACCAAGGAAGCGAACUCUCCAGGACCACCACGACGUUUCGCGGCUUCACAAGAGAGGGCGCAGCUUCUGCACAUCCCGGCGAAGAGAUUUCCCGGAUACGAUCUGGCCUCGUCAAUUUGCGCCCCUCUCCGCUUUCUGCGCGUUCCGUGGUGGGUAUUGACUCGAGUCAGGACGGCAGCGUUUACGCGCGCAGGCGUGCGUCAAUAACCGAAAGCAACAACACCCUCACCACCAUCGGCGGCCGAACCGUUGGGUACAAGGCUACGGGCUUGAACCAUGGCAGGAAUUACGGGUCGUCCCCGCUCGUCAAGACUGUCGACUACCAGAGCAGGGUGGCGGCUGAGGUGGGACACGGGAUGGAGGGCACAGAAUCCACCGCGUCCACCACGGCGCCAUCGACCGUCUGGGAUGAGUUGGAUGACUUGAAGUCGCGUAUUCACCGUCUCGAACUGACUGGGAAACUGCCGUCCACCUCGGGAGCUGCGGUGUCGAGGCUGUCAGACGACAGACCCGCAACGGCCACCACGACAGUCACCACCAUGUCUCUGUCACCGAAGCGGCAGGCUGCGGGACAAGCCACCGAGGUCUCGAGCACCACAGCCUGCCAAAAGGAAGCCCAUCCCCUUCUUCACGCGGCCUUGUUCAAGUCCAAGCCGUUCCUGAGUCCAGAGGUUCACCAAGCGCUGGAAUCGGCAGCAAACGACGCCAUGGCGCUGUCCUCCAUGAUGGGUGCCCCUGGUCAACCCGGCCCCAUGUCCGGGGCCGCAAGCACGAUUGGGGCCCCUGGAACACUCACGGAUCGACAACUGCGAAGAAAGGCCGACUCGGUCUGCCGGAGUCUGACGGAGCUAUGCGUUGCGCUGGGAGACGGCCUGGCUCAAUCGAACGCGCCAUCGACCCUUCCGGUGAUGGCGCAGCAUGACGGACCGGCGACGCCAACGGUACUGAAGUCGUGGAGCGGCCUACCUGCUCCAAGACGACCAAGUGUGGCGGAGCAGGGAUUGCCGAAAUCCAGCAGCAGCAGCAGCAGCCCCAGGGUACUGUCCAAGUUUGAGGAGCGGCGCAGCCUGAUGCUCGGCGGAACAAGCGUGCCGAGGACGGCCGGCUCAGCUCCGACCACGCCCGUUGAAGGGAACCCGACAAGACGAUCCUCUCUCUUGAUUGCUCGCACACGACGGGCCGCCGCCGAGGAACCUGACCUGGGUCGCACACCCACCGUGUUGCGAUCGCGACGCGCAGGAACCGAGGAGCCCGAGGAUGGGCGUCAAAGCUCACUUUUUUUCAGGCACCGGCGCGGCACCGUGGGCGAGGAUGGCGAGGGGGCGAGGUUCCGUCCGCCCUCUCGAGCCGGAACCGACGUGAACAUGGUUAGGGGUCAAGGACGGGAGCUCGUGUCAGGAGCACACGAGGGCACGUCGUCGCCAGCUCCAUCGGCCCUUCCCCGGCGGCGAUUUCUCUCCACCAACCUGCAUUCCUCACGGCUGGCAGGCCCGUCGGCAUCCAGCGCGGCAUCGCCCAGGAGAUAUGCGGAUCGACCGACGGGAGACGCAGACAUGGACGAGGGCGCGGGAGGUUCGUCGCUGCAAAGACAAGGUCCUCCACUGAGCAAAGGGAUGGUGCAUGCUCGAGCUAGCAGCCUGAGCGCACGGCGAAGCCGCGACAACCAGGGUCUAAACAAUACCGGUGCCGCCACUGGGACCUACAGAUGA